CAUCCAAUGAUCAGUGCGGCAGGAAAAGCGCAGAAGGGGGAAAAAAGGAGAUGAAAACAGUUAGGAAAAGGGAAAAAAAGAGGAACAGCGGUUCAACUUACUCCUUUAUUUUAUUACCUUAGUGGAAAAUGUUUAUCUUUGCUCUUGUGCCGCAAGUGGGCUAUUUUCGUUAUGCCGUAAGAGCUGAAGAUUUAAAAAAAAAGAAGGAUCUUUUUCUUUUUUCAGGAAUCCUGCCUCCAAACUGCUGUCACGAUUGAAGGAGGUAAAGCUGAGCAGGGGGCUCAUCUGAUCAAGGAGGGAUUCAAUCAAGAUUAGAACAGACAGGUUUUAAGUUUUUUUUAUUAUUAUUAUUCUUUUCCAAUCAGCAUUAAGGUUGCUUUUCCCCCCCUACUGCAUCGGAUUCCUCUGGACAGGAUGUCAUUUGCAUUCAGGAGGAGCUCCUCCGGCUGACUGAGGGACACAGACGCACAGACGGACGAUGGGAGAUGCGCCAGAGGACAGAGGGAUGAGACGCACAUUUAUCGUUCCUGCCAUCAAGAGCUUCGAUCACUACGACUUCACCAGGGCCAAGAUCUCCUGCAGCCUGACGUGGCUGGUGGCCAAGGCUUUCGGCUCGGAUGCUGUUCCAGAGGAGCUGGUUGAGCCUUUCUACAAGGACCAAUACAGUCAGGAACACCUGAAGCCUCCGGUCGCCUGCCUGCUUCAGUCCGCAGAGCUGUACUGCCGUGCAGGAAGCCUUAUCCUCCGCAGCGAUGCUGUCAAACCUUUACUGGGACACAAUGCCGUCAUCCAAGCCCUGGCCCAGAAGGGGCUGUAUGUCACUGACCAGGACAGACUGGUCACUGAGAGAGACCUGACCAGCACGCCCAUACACAUGACCUCCCAUCUGGCGCUCAUUGAUACCUUAAUGAUGGCCUACACCGUGGAGAUGGUGAGCGUGGAGAGGGUGAUGUCCUGCAUCAACAAGUACUCGUCUGCCGAACGGUUUCACGGCGAUGGACUGGUCCAGGGGCUGCCGUACGAUACGGAGGAUGCAAUCACAACCUGGAUCAACAAGGUGAAUGAACAUCUGAGGGACGUCCUCAUUGAGGAGCAGAAGUUUAGAGAAGCUUCCCUUCAAGAGACAAACGCCACAACGCAUAAGGCCCGGUACAGAAGGGAGCAUGCCCAGAAGAAUGUUCCGUCUCUCCCCCUGGUGGAGAACUUGUUAAAGGAUAACACAGACGGCUGUGCCCUCGCCGCCCUGCUGCACUUCUACUGCCCACAGGCCGUCCGUCUGGAAGACAUUUGCCUUAAGGAGACCAUGUCUCUGGCGGACAGUCUGUACAACCUCCAGCUGGUGCAGGAGUUCUGCAGGAACAACCUCAAUCACUGCUGCCACUUUACCCUGGAGGACAUGCUCUACACCCAUGCAUCCAUAAAGAGUAACUAUCUGGUGUUCAUGGCUGAGCUUUUCUGGUGGUUCGAGGUUGUGAAACCUUCAUUUGUUCAGCCCAGAGUCUUCGACCCAAACGCCUGUGAGCCUGUAUCAUUCUGCAGAGAUAUGGCUCCUGUGUCCAGUCCUGUCAAACAGAACUAUGCAGACAGACCUUCAAGUCCAGAGAACCACAUCACUGAAGGCCUAAUAAAGAGAUCUACCUCCAUGUCCUACGUUGAUGGUUGUGGUGGGACGUGGCCCAAAGAAAAACACUCCUCCUCUCGGGGAAUCUCCUUUGAGAUCCCCCUGGAUGGAGAACCAACAUUGCCACCAAAUGAGGCUUCUUCUCCCCACUCUAUGACCCGCUCAGCAAGUAGUGACGGCCUGGGGUUCAAAGUUCAUUAUGCAUCUCGAGGAGGCAUGAAACGCCACCUCUCCCUGACACCGGCAGACGUUAACGGACAGGGCAGACAGAUCCCAGAGGAGGAGGACGACUUGGCUUCUCACAAACCCUUGGGACGAAAAAACACUUUCUCUAUCAAGAACCAAAGCAGGUACCCCAAUGGAGUCCUACCAGACAACAGCAGCCCCAGUAGCUGCCAAGGGAAUCACUCCGACCACAUCAGCCCAUCAACUCCUCCAAGCAUUGAAGAGGCCCUCAAGAUCAUCCACGAUACAGAAAGGCCCCACGCCAGCCUGGGUGUUGGAGAUGGAGACAAUGGCUUCUUUCUGCAUGGGGCCGAGCCUUCGUACCCUCCGGGGGCUCAUGCUCCUGGGGAGGACCUGGAUUCAGCGAAGGCUCGGGCAAAUGACCGAGACCCCAACUCUGCAUCGACGGAUGAAGUUGACACGGGCAUCCAUGUGCGAACAGAAGACAUCCAGAGUUUGGAUGAGGACUCCUCGUCUCUGAGAGACUAUUCAGAUAUUGACCCGGACUGUGAGGCUAUGGCGAGGUCGUGUCCACUGCCUGGCAAGCAUGAGAGGAACACGGAAGGAGGACACAAGAAAGGAAGGGAAGCCAUCUCUGAAGGGGAAGGGGGACAUGGAGGUGACAGGGGCAGCCCAUGUCCCAGUUCUGCACCCAUGCUCACCAGGUCUUAUACUUGCAGUCCUGCCUCCUCAUCCGGUGGUUCUGGUGGGGGUCUGGUGCGAAUGACCAGCUUUGCAGAGCUGAAGUUCAGGAAGUUAGAAGGCAGGAGCAGCGGAGGAACCACCACUCCAGACAGCUCUGAUCUCAAUGUGCCCUACAUUCGCUCAGCCGGAACUACGGCCUCUCAGUUCUCUACACCUCCCCUGCCAAUCACUUCACCUUCGCCAGCUACGCCUUCACCCAGAGACCCCUCCCACUUCAUAGCCUCAGAGAUGAUUCAGCUUAGAAUGAAGCUGGAGGAGAAAAGGAGAGCUAUUGAAGCCCAAAAGAAGAAGGUAGAAGCAGCUUUUACCCGGCACCGGCAGAAAAUGGGCAGAACAGCCUUUCUGAAUGUUGUGAAAAGGAAAGGAGUGACAGCCCCGCUCAGCCCGAACUCAGGAGGGGCAGAAAAACCCUUACCUGAGCCAAUCAAUUUAAAGGAGGGUAACGUGGAGCAGGUGGAACGGUGCAAGCCUGACGGAGCAGCUCCGAAAUCUCCCUGUGAAGACGGCGGCGGCUUGACCCCUGGAGAGGUUGACCUUGCAGAAUACACACGGUCCAUCGAAAGGCUGAACACGUCGCUGGGCUUCCUGCAGACAGAGAUGCAGCGUUUGGCCCAGCAGCAGGAGAAGAUCAUGGCCAUGAGAGACCAGCAGCAACAGGCCUGGGUGAUCCCGCCUCCUGCCCCCUCUCCACACAGGCAGCUCCGCGAGCUGCGCAGCAGCAGUGUGACAGGCAGAGGAUCGGGCCGAGGGUCGGUAGGAUCCUUGUCACCGAUUCUGUCCUCUUCUGGGUCUCCACGUCCAACCAACCGUUCACCUGCAGGCAUCAAACGACGGCCUGCCUCAUUUCAUGCCAGAACGCCUCGGACUCCCCGUCCAAACGAUCUGAAGGUCAGCCCCAUCAGCAGAAUGCUCAACACUCCCACCUCGGUGGACAGUCUGCCCAGACUGAGACGCUUUAACUCCAGCCAAACCCAGCAGAGCUCUUUCGCCUACCUUGGCCGGGAUGAAGAGGCCAGGGAAAAACACGACCCAGACACCAAAGACAAUAAAGAAGACCCUAAACAAACAGAGGAGACCGUAGAGAAGAGGAAGGAUGAAGAAGCCAAAGAAAAGAUCAACAAACAAAUAAAAGAAAGGACAGAGUUUAAGGAAGACUCAAAGAUAUCUGAGGUUUUGCGGCAGCCGGUUUCAGAGAUCAAAGUUGAAGAUGUUAGCCAGACUCAAGAUUAUCACCAAGAAAGGAAGGACCUGGUGGAGGUGCCGCUGUCUCGGCUAAAGCCAGCCGGCAUCCAGGGUCAGGAGAGCACAGAGGAUGGAGAACAAGGAGGAGAAAUAUUUGGAGAUGACCAAAAGAUGUGCUGUGGGUUCUUCUUUAAGGAUGAUGUGAAAGGAGAAGAGGACAUGGCAGCAAAGAAAGCAGCUCUAUUGGAGAAGAGGCUUCGGAGGGAGAAGGAGACUCAGCAGAAAAAGCAACAGCAGGAGCUGGAACAGGAGCAGAAGAAAGAAGCUGAACGAGUGAAAGCAGAGGAGGAGCAAGUUAAGAAGGAUGACGAGAAGGCAAGGAGGGACUACAUCAAGAAUGAAUAUCUAAGGAGGAGGCAGCUCAAACUGAUGGAGGACAUGGAUGAAGUCAUCAAGCCUCGUAGUGGAAGUCUCAAGAAAAAACAGCGGCCUAAAUCCAUCCACAGGGACGUGAUGGAGUCAUCUACUCCUCCUGUCAGAACCACAGGUGUGCGUCCUCGGGGCUUCUCUGUCUCAAGUGUUUCGCUAGCUUCCCUCAAUCUGGCUGACAGCGACAGAGACCAGCCAGAUAACAGGAAAAACAACAGGCCAGACUCCGCAGAGGGCUUUUCGUCUUGUCCUUCGGCCGGCAGUCGUAAUGGAGAAAAAGACUGGGAGAACGACUCGACCACCUCCUCCACACCCUCCAACACAGAAUACACAGGACCAAAACUGUACAAGGAGCCUAGUGCAAAAUCCAACAAGCACAUCAUCCAAAAUGCCCUAGCUCACUGCUGCCUGGCUGGGAAAGUCAACGAAGGGCAGAAAAACAAGAUACUUGAUGAAAUGGAGAAAUCUGAAGCCAAUAACUUCCUGGUGUUAUUCCGUGACUCUGGGUGUCAGUUCAGGUCUGUCUACACGUAUUGCCCUGAAACCGAAGAGAUCACCAAACUGGCCGGUAUUGGCCCUAAAACCAUUACCACCAAGAUGAUCGAGACUCUUUACAAGUACAACUCGGACAGGAAGCAGUUCAGCAAGAUCCCAGCUAAGACCAUGUCUGCCAGUGUGGAUGCCAUCACCAUCCCCAACCACCUGUGGCAAACUAAAAAGCAGGGGACGCCCAAAAAACAUCCAAAGUAGUGCCAGGUGAUGGGGCAGCAUCUGGAAUUACUCCGUCAAAUCAAACAGCUUGUAGAGGACGAUUCUUUUUUUUUUUUUUAUUAGACAAACACCAAUUACCAUUCCCUAAAAGUCACAACUGGAAUUUCAAAAUACAUGUUAACACAUAAAGAUAAUACAAAGCUGGCUAUGACACUACUUCCAUUGGGCACAAGUGUUUUCUUGUCAGCAUGUGUGUCAAUGUUCUCAUGUGCCAAAAAAGAAAAGAUACCAGGUGAGCCGAUGCCUUACCACGCUUAACUAUAGAAGCACUGAAUGUCACGCCUCUCAGAGGCACUUUGGAUUUCCUUCGUUUAUCUUAUAUAGCCUUAUGCUUGUUCUGUCAUGGAUACUCUGUGGGUGUUUGUGUCAUUUUGUUCUCUGUACACACAGAUCUGAGAUCAGAUUACCCGAAUGAAGGGUGGACUCUCUGUGAUCAGAAGCAGCAUAUUUGAUGCAACUUCUGCUGCUAAAAAAAGCAUGUUUUUAAUUGUUUUUUGUUUUUUCCUUUUUUACAUGUCACUGACAGCCCUAUAAACAGGUUAUAUUUCAGUAUGUUUGUGUGUGAGUGUGUGCACAUACAGUGAAGUGCCAAACAGUGCGUCAAGUGGAGAAUGCAUUAGUUGAAGGAGUGCGUAAGGAUGUGUCCCAUCAAACGGUUCUGGAAAACACCUGCAAUAUACUUUUUAAUUUAUUUUAUUUUGAUAUAUUUCUGAAGAUAUCUUACGCUUUAUUUGGAAUCCUCUGAAAUCCAACGCAUACAUUAGUUACAUGUGUUUGUAUAUAAUGAAGCAAGUCAGCUCUUGGUAGCAUUUAAGUAGCUUUUGUAAUUGAUCACUUUGAUGUUUGCUGGUUUCUCUGGGACCUUUUAUUGUGCUGCAGCUGCAGAUGAGUCCCAUCUCUCAACAGCAUUACUGAAACAACUACCAUGAGAUAUAAAUCUGUGUCAUCAAGAUGUGCAGUGAUUUAAAUGCUAACUUUUGACCAUGCUGCAGAGUAAACAAAUGAUUAAAAAUGUCACAUAGAGGUGUUGUGUGUUCUCUGUGGUCUGGAUUAAGAUUAAUUGUAAAUACAAAGAUGAACUUACUGUACCCACACUAGCUGUUUCAGACUCUCUCCACUACUGUCAUGUUUCAUCCAAGAUCUUUCUGCAUUGUUACUGCCGGUCCUUUUCACUUUACUGUUGCAUUUUUACGUCAGGCAUUCCUUUUAGUAUGUGUUGACUCUGUACAGAUAUAUUUUGACAUAUAAGAAGUAUUUUUUGUAAGGAUAUUUACUAGUCGGAAGUGUGCACUAAUGAAGCAGUACAGUUAUGGAAGGAUAUGUGUUUGAAUGCAAAGUUCUGCUUUUUUUUUUCAAGUUCUGGAUUCAUUUUGUUUUGAAUCAGGAAAAUAUGAUCAAUAUUUCAUGCAUUUCUGUUCUGUUUGUUUAUUUUUGUUUUUAAUUGUUCUUUUCUGUUUUAUUAAAAAGCCAGCUCUUAACAGUUUUAA